AUGCAACAGGUUGAGGAGCUCAGGCGAAGAACGGAUGAGGGGAAGGAUCGCAUCAGACAGGCGAAAAUCGCAAUGGAGCGCACGUGGUGGGAUCAUUUGGUUGAGCAUGUGAGCUCGUCGGCGCCAGCAUCGGGCCACAUGGCAGUGUCAACAGCUCCAUUCUUUCAGGAUGUGCCCGACCGUGCAUUGUCAGGCAUACUCCCAUCGGAAGAUGUGGACUCCAAGACUUUGUGGAAGGCUCUUGAAGAAGGCAUGCCAAACCUCAACCGGCGAAGGAGGAAGGCGCUUCAUCGAGCAUCCAAUUGGGUUGUUCACUUGUUUGCGGGCCCUGGCUCGCACAAGGCUUUCAAACGAUUGGAGUCGCAGGAUACAGUUGUUGUUGAGCUUGACAUUUGCCGCUCAAGGAGCCAAGAUCUUUACCAUGAUCCGCUUUGGACGCUUCUUGCUAAGGUUGCAAAGUUGGGACGAGUUGCGGCGGUCAUUGGAGGUCCACCAACCCGCACGUGGUCCAUGACAGGGCACCGCGCCGAUGGACCACAUCCACUCCGCUCGCCCACUGAACCGUUUGGCCUGAGCACUCUCACCUCUGACGAGCGUGAUCUCGUUGAUCGUGAUACGGGUUUGUAUGCUCGCAUGUUGUGGUUGCAUGCACUCUCCACCGCCGGGAGGCGUGUGCACCCAAACCCAUCGAAUGGAACAUCCAUGGUGGCAUUCAUGUUGGAGCAACCGUCGGUUGAACACCACAUGGCUUCAAGCCAUUCUGCUGUGGGUAGCGCUCCGUCGUUUUGGAACACCGCGCUGUGGCAAGCUUACGCUGAAGAGGCUGGUUUGUUUGAGGUGCAUUUCCGUCAAGGUCCGUUGGGGCACGCUGGCGAUAAACCCACAACUGUUGGCACAAACUUGCCCGACCUUAGAGACUUGCAAGCGUUGCAGGGGGAGGUGCCGCAGGUUUGUUCUAGCGCCGACAACCGUGUGUCUCCAGUGUGGGCGCCGGGGUUUGUGCAAGCCAUCGUGUACGCACUCCAACGGUGGCCAUGUUACCGCCUCAUGAAAUUCACCCAAGCGGAUUGGGAACAGCAUGUUGCGAACAAUCACGUGCCUUACCGCCGUGAUUGUGCAGUUUGCGUGCACGGUGCCGGAAACGGCCGCCGCCACCACGGUGUAGUUCACCCGGAUGUGUAUUGCAUGUCAGCCGACAUUGCGGGGCCCAUCCGUGUGAAGGGCAAAGACCCAGAAAGCCGCAACCACCGACCAGCCACGUUCAAGUACUUCCUCGCUGUGUCGUACCGCUUCCCACGGCUCAGAGGAGUGAAGGAGGAGUCAGACCCCAGCCAAACCGAGGGGUUUGAUGAUGCAGCACUCCUCCCGGGAGGGACGGAUGACCUUGCAGAUGAGGCCUUUCCCGCAGCAGAAGGCCCCCCGUGCGAGGAUUACGAGGACUCCCUGUACGAGCCAAGAGACUCGCUUGAGGAGGAGCACACACCACCUCCACGCAGGGUUCGCGGCAAGCGGUCUGCUGGUGUGAGACUUGACGACGUCUUUGCACUUGACCCGCCGCCCCCCUUGCCGCCGCCAGCAGAAGCUCCACACCCGGAAGGGCCUGUGUCACCGGUUGAGGAGGAGUCUGCCCGUGUAGCGCGCUUGAGUCUGCAAGACCUUGAAGGUUUAGCUACGGAGCUUAUCGAGGACGACUGGGACCUUGAUGAAGCGUUGUGGGUGUUAGCCGAAGUGUGCAGAGCAGAGCGGGUAGACGGCAAAGGCAGGCGCUGGUUAGGGACAACUCACAAGUUAGAGCGCGGUACUGUAGAGCUGGAGGUGUCGUGGAACCUGAAACACUCGCCGGACCACAGGCGAACCCAGUCUGAGCACGCCCUGCUGGCUUGCCAACCAGACACCGAGACACAGGUUGAGGAGGAGGAGAGCUCAAGCGAAGACUCCUUGCCGGAGCAACCAGUGCUGUGGGAGUUGUGGGUUCCAGACCCGCAGACAGGUGAGCAGCUGUGUGUUCUCAGGUCUGACGACUCGGACGCGAGUGAAGCUUGCGCCCUUUGCAAGUCUGAGCCGGUUUACACUACCAACGUGGAGCUGUUGCUUGACGGGUUGCAAGAACCACUGCAGGUAGUCCACACUGUAGACCCUCGGGAUGCAGAGCAAUGCAUCGAGAAGUGGAUGCCGUCCAUUCACAAAGAGAUCGGUGUCAUUGAGAAGGCUGUGCGGCGACUGCCCCCUGCAGAGGGUGACGCUGCCCUCGCUACCCGGAAGGGUCAAGCUUACCACAAACGCAAGGCUCGCUUGGUCGCUUGUGGCAACCACGCCUACAGUGAAACUCAAGCUGUGGGCACUGGGACCGUGGCGCAGCAAGACCUGCAGCUGAGUGCCUUCGCUGUCCUGCUCGCCUUCUUUCAGGUCGUAGGUGCUGCCAGCCAGACAACGGACGAGGAAGAAGACUUGUCUCUCCCCGUGUCGCUUGAUGCAGAUUUGAUGUUGGCAGUAUCCAUCAUCUGCAUUGGUAUCUGCUUCAUUGCAGUGUGGGAGUUCUUCAAGUGGUGCCUUCAAGGCGUCAUCUCCCGCCGAGAGGCAGGGACACCCGUGUUGUCUCUGAGCCCCCGCAAGGCGCGCAAGUUACAGCGCCUUCGAGAUCAAACUGCGCAGGCCAUCCAGGCCGAGAUCUCUGCACGUGAGGAGGCAGCAAGCUCGCAGUCUGUUGCUGCAGCGCCCAGAAUCAAGGUUGAUGUUGCUGUCUCCGUUGAGAUUGCCAUUCUGACCCUGAUGACUCAUGUUGAGCGUGGGGAGGCAUCGCCAGCUGCUGACAAGUUGAUGUUGAUACCGCGGCGACGGCUUCUCAGCAGAGGUUCUCAUCUUGUCCUUUUCGACGCAGCCGACCCGGAAACAUGGUCGCUGCCAUCUGAGAGUGUCGUGCAGGUGGAUCUGCGGCCCGGGGAUCCAGAGCGCAAGCGGCCCGAAACGCGGAAGUCCGGAACCUUGAGCGAUGAAGGCCCACAACUUCGCACGGACCUCGAAGAGGAGCUGUUGAGAGGUGUGACUCUAAGUGAGGGCCUAAGUGGAAUGGGCGGGCAUUGGGCCAGCAACUCAACGAACGAGGCAGAUUUUGAGUUGAGCUUCAAGACAUCCAAGUACGACCAUUUUCUAAGCCAUGACUGGGCCACAUCCCGAUGGUUGAAGAUCUGCACCAUGCUUUUCAUUUUUAACUCCCGGGCAGCAAUGGUAGCAACUCUGAUAUGUUCGCUGGUUCUCGGCCUAUGUCGACCAGCUGAUACUGGUCCCAAGUAUGGCGAUGGUGUUGAAAUUUAUUUGAGCAGCUUCUGCGUCUACCUGGCCUUCUUGCUGUUCUUCUUCUUCUGGCAACGCAUCCGAGCUUUUUUGAGAAGACCACUCGUGGUCUUCCUUGACAAGCUCUGCAUUGCACAGGGUAAUCCAGAGCUGAAGGAGAAAGGGAUUCUUGGUCUUGCAGGCUUUCUGGAAAAGUCUGACCACCUUACUGUUUUGUGGUCGGCGCGCUAUUUCACUCGCCUUUGGUGCUGUUAUGAGGUCGCUACAUUCUUACGACACAGGCAGCAGAUGAAGGGAUUGACGCUGCGCCCAGUCGCCUUAUCAGUGAUGCUUGUGGUGAACAGCUUUUGUCAAUUUCUUGGCGUCGUUCAAAACAACGUCCUUGCCUGGGCCUUACAGACUGGUGCUCUCGAGGCUGGGAAUGCAGUGACACCCUUCGUGGUCAGCUUGGUUGGCUUCGGAAUGCUGUUUGUUGCGGCUAUUCCGCUUGGAUGUUACUCUGCAUUGGGAACUUUGAGAGACAUUCGGGACCUGGAGCCGCAGCUUAAGCAGUUCGAUGUUGAGCGCUCUGAGUGUUUUUGCUGUUCCAACGAUCAUACGCAUCCGGACACUAGCCAGAAAUUGCGUUGUGAUCGACGUUUAGUUUUCCACACCUUGAAGGGGUGGUAUGGGGAAGCUGGGGACACCGCUGAUGAGCAUCUCAAACGUUUCAACUCGACCGUGCAAACCAGCCUACGUCACAAAGUUUUGGAAGGUGCGGAUUCGGUGAUCUUUCCGAUCCGCGUCGUAGCGUGUAUGACUGUUGCUGCUUGUGCACCGUGGUUUUGCGACUCAUUGGCUUGGGCAAAGGCAUUUUGCCUUUACCAGGAAGAGCUGGGUCCGUUCUCUGCUGCCUGGAGGUGUUUGGCUGUGGUGACACGUGAAUGGUCACGGUUCUUUGCCGUCUUCCUUUUCCCCUAUGCUCUGGUGAAGCUUUGCAAGCUUGGCCAGCCUCUUGUGGCCAAGAUGUCGCAACUAAAAGCAUCCCUGUUGGUCUCUUGUGCAAGCUUCGCAGCCUUCGGAGCCAUAUGGUUAGCGAGCAGGAUGCCCUACACAUUGUUGCAACGAGCAGGCUACGUAGACCUUUGGCCGUGGUUGACGUUGGCGUGGCUACUCCUGGCUGGCACUGCGGGCCAUUGGUGGGAGACGGAAGUGAUGUACCAGGUCUACCCGCGAUCCUUUCAAGAUGCCAGCGGCGAUGGCACAGGGGACCUCAAGGGCAUCGAGCAACGCCUGCCUUAUCUCAAGGAGUUGGGCGUGGGCUUUAUCUGGCUCUCCCCUGUGAUGCAGAGUCCGAUGCUGGACUUCGGCGACCUGGCGUGA